AUGGCGUCAAGGUACUGGGUGGUCUCUCUCCCCGUCCAAAACUCCGCAUCUUCUCUCUGGAGUCGUUUGCAAGAAUCCAUCUCUAAACACGCCUUCGAUACUCCUCUCUACCGUUUCAACAUUCGGAAUCUCCUUGUGGGAACUCUAGAUUCGCUUCGAGCAAUCAUUGAUGACCUUGUGAAGUCGAAUAGCUUCAUUGAAGGAGUGUCUCAGAAGAUACGGCGUCAGAUCGAAGAAUUAGAUAAGGUUUCUGGAGUGGUCAGUAGUUCUUUGACAGUUGAUUGGGUUCCUGUUGACUCAUACCUCACCAGAUUUGUGUGGGAUGAGGCGAAGUACCCGAUAAUGUCACCUCUUAGGGAGAUUGUGGAUGGGAUUCAUNCUAAUUAA